AUGGACGGAAAAACCCGAUCAGACAGACCCGCACAAGCUCAGCUGGAGCGCUUCCCACCAGAAGUUGCCGAGAUCAACUCCAAGUACCACAUGAAUGCCUCAACCGCCAUGGAAACUCGCCAGAUCUCAGGCCUUGCCGUCUCGUUUGGCCCAGGCAUGGAGGUCGCUGGACUUACCCCUGCAAAGAUGACCAAUUUCCCUUCGUAUCAAGUGGAAUGCAAAACGGUCCACCUGUACUGGGACAGGCAGUGGUCCAACCACACCAUCAUGAGCUGGGAUGCGUCAAGUCUUUUGACGAUCCAUAGUCUGUUUCUCUGUGGAGGAAUCAAGAUCCGUGGCAAGCAGGUCAACACCCACUACUCUUAUCUCGGUCCCGGCUCCGGAACACUGGAGCUCUCGGAACUCCAUCCAAGCGUAACGGAGGAGGAAAUAAAAGGCCAGAUUCCUCACAAGCUUCUGCUUGGUGCCAAAUGGUCCACAAUCACCCCGAAAUGCAGGGACAUCAGUGUUCUGAAUACAUUACUCACGACAUUCAACCAGUUUGGCCAUAUCAAAGACCGCAAUGUGGAGACCUUGCCAACCAUGAUGCGGUUAACGGCCUUGUUUGAAAACGAGGAGGACGCCAGGAGAGCCGUGGAGGUCCUCGAUCAGUCACCACUGCCAGCCAACCCCCAGCAGAAGCUGACAGCCAGGCUGGGGUACGAAAUCGAGAUCAAGGGUCCGGAAGAAUGGAUCCGGAAGGUUCCUGGGCAUCUUCUGAGCAGUGUCUCCGUUUUGAGAAACAUCCACUACAUAAAGUAUGUCUUGUCACUCUACGGCGAACUACAAUUCUGCAUGAGCGGAGAAAAUCGUGAAGUGCUCGUCGAGGCAAUUGAGUGGAUACGCGAGCUCCGCCUCUCCGGUCAAAUCCACGGGAGAAGGCCAAGAUCCCAGGACUCUACGACAACAGACCAGUGCUGUGCUGUAUGUUAUGAUACGGCAGUGUCUCCCGUCAUCACCCAGUGUAAGCACGUCUAUUGUAGUGAAUGCUUCGACAACAUGUGCUCCAGCACCUUCUCAAUCGGAAGCUCAAAAGACCGGGUAGUCUGUCAGGCACCUAAAGGAUCGAACACCUCGACAGCACUUGACAGCUCCAUCUGUGGCUGCACCCUCGGUCUCCCGGAACUCCGCGAACUGCUUGAAUCAAGUACCUACGAACGCCUUUUGACUGCCUCCUUCAAGUCCUACGUCCACCGCCAUCCGGGCAAGAUGCAAAAUUGUCCAACUACCGAUUGCGACUACAUUUACUUCAUCCCGGAGCCCUACAAUCAAUCUAACCAGCACAACGACAAUCCCGCCACAGCACCGCACAUUACCUGCCCCCAUUGUCUUGCCACCAUUUGCAUACGCUGUCAGGAAGGCCAUGUAGCAAGAGGCAUGACUUGCCUCGAGUUUCAAGAUCACCUAGCGGAGGGGACACACUCGAUGGCCCGCAUCAAGGAAGAACAGGGCAUCAAGAACUGCCCAACUUGCACGACGUACCUUGUCAAAGAGGAAGGGUGCAACCACGUCACUUGUGCUGUGUGCGAUACCCACAUGUGCUGGAACUGCUUGGAGGUGUUCACAGGUGAUGAUGCCGUGGAUCGCGUGUAUAGUCAUUUGAAUGCGGAACAUGGCGGGAUCGAUGACUAUCCUCCCGAUGAUGACUUUGAUAUCCGUGCAUAUUGGGACGAGAAUGAUGACGAAGACCACGAUAAUGAUGACUGGUGGGAACGGGAUCAAGACCUACAGGCCAUACGCGCAAUGGAACUUGAAAUCGAGUUUCAACAACAAGAACUUGCAGAAUUGCGUGAGUUUGCGGAGAGAAACGGUGAGAGGAUAGACGCGAUCAUAGCGAGGGACAACGGAGGAAACGCCGCCAACCGGGGCAUUGAGAUUGAAGACGAAGAAGCAGGUCUUCGAAAUCAGGAACCUCCAGAAGCACAGCACCAAGGGGUGUGGUUAGAGGGGGUGGCUUUGCACGAAGAUGGGCAAAUGAACGAGCCAGUACAAUCUGAUGACUGGGGGGCCGAGGAAGGGAUUGAUAUCCGAAUACUUUUGAGGUGGAAACACGAAUUUGGAUUUCCGGUGUCUGGUUUAGACGUCUGUGUGGCGAUCAUUUUAUGCCUCGCUGCGGACUUUAUCUAUGAUCAUGUUCCGCCUGUUGUUAGGCGUGUUGUUGGCUGGUUUCUCGACAGGUCAUGGGCCUUGUGUAUCCUUUUAUUUUGGAUUUUUAGCGUGGUGUGGCGGUUGAUGGAAGUUGAUGGUCCACCAGAAGGGAGGAUAGGAUGA